ACUCAGCCUCUCGUCGCCCUCUGUAUUGUCCUCGAAUCGCCUUCUCUACGCGCACUUCAUACAUCCGGAAUGUCUGCAAGAAUGCAUCCACACUCGCCGCUGCCUGCCCCCGCGCUGCAUGCCAGCAAUCCAUCCACGCAGUCCAAGUCGCACGUACUCGCCGGGGUUCAAGACGCGUACUGGAGCGAUGAUGAAGCGGAGGAUGCCGAGUGCCCACUUUGCUUGGAGGAGAUGGACAUUUCGGAUCUUAACUUCAAGCCUUGUCCGUGCGGCUACCAGAUCUGUCGCUUCUGCUGGCACCACAUUAAGGAGAAUCUGAACCGGCGCUGCCCUGCAUGUCGGAGAGAGUAUACCGACGAGGCUGUCCAGUUCAAACCCAUCAACAAAGAGGAUCAUAAACGUUUGACGCAACAGAAGAAACAGCGGGAACGCGAGAGGAAGGAGUUGGAUGCCCUGGGUAGGCGGCACCUUGCCAAUGUGCGCGUUGUACAGCGCAACGUGGUCUAUGUGAUUGGCAUGGGCCCCCGAUUCGCGAAAGAGGAGCUCAUCCCUACGUUACGCUCGAGCGAGUACUUUGGGCAAUACGGUAAGAUCUCCAAGAUCGUUAUUGUCAAACGUACUUCCCCUGGAGGCCGUGCUCCGGUCGUCGGAUUGUACAUCACCUAUCAUCGUCGCGAAGACGCCGCUCGUGCAAUUGCUGCAGUCGAUGGUGCACCUUCGCCGGGAGGCGGUAACGAAAUCAUGAGAGCCAGCUAUGGUACGACCAAGUACUGUAUGGCCUUCUUGCGCGGUGUCUCGUGUACGGAGCAUGGGUGUAUGAAUCUGCACGAGUGGGGAGACGAGAAGGACUGCUUUACCAAAGAAGACCUCACGACUCUGAAACACACCAUGAAAGAUACGGAGAACAGACCAAGGACUACGAUCGUCACGAGGAAAGGCGAUGAGGCGGACGGGUUGCCUCGUGCAGCCGCUUGGGGGAAGCAGGGGACAACUACGACCGCUCUGCACAACAACACCAAUGCUGCCACGACCGCCCAAGCAUCAACCCGGCAGACAAGGCGUGGUGGAACAGGUACGAGACAACAGCGCUCGAGUGCUGCGAUUACCAGUGCUGUGGAGACGCGUGCGACAGGGAGAGACCGGAAAGGUGCCACUGCGGUUAAGGCGUCCUCUCAGGCGUCGUCUUCACGUCCUGCGACACCUGCGAGUACUGGUCAACCUGCGCGGCCUGUUACACCCAGUACUACUAAAGCUGCGAAGCAGAAAGAAGCUGCACCUGCACCUCCCCUUCCACCCCGCUCGCCCACGUCGUCUACUCUCGAAUCAGAGAGUGGGUCAGCAGCCCAAGAUGUUCCGCCCGUGGAGUCGCCCGUACAAGCACCAUCUACCGAGGUACCGGCUGCACCUCCCGGUCUUCCGGCUGUCCCUCCCGGCCUAACCGCCCCUCCUGGUCUGCCGCCACCAUCUCGUACUGCGUCUACCAUGUCAUCGCCGCUCUCUGUCACUGUCCAGCCUUCGCAGUCUUCGUACCAGAUGUCGACACAGGCGCAAGCGCUCAUGGAGGACCUCCGCGCCCGACGCGAGAUGCCCGUGCCAGCCAUCAUGGAGAAGAGCCCGUUCCCAGAUUUUGACCGGAUGCUACAAACGCUCAGCGGGGAUGAUGGUGGCUUCGGUGGCUUCAGCUUCAACCUGGACCCUGCACUGGCCGGCGAAGGAGCCGAUGAGGCUUUGGUAUUACCCGAGCUGGAUGUUACACCGAACACCCCAUUCACCGGUACGUUCCUGGAUGCUUUCCCGGGGCUCAGGCAGAACGCGGCUUCGGGUCCAUUGAUGGGGCCGCCUGGACUGGCGCACCCAGCUCGCCCUGCAUACGAGCCUGUGACUCUUCGUCAGCCGGCACUGGACCGGCAGCCCUCCGGGGGCUCCGGAUACACUGGGUCCUUCAACCCAUUCGGGUCAGACGCCAAUGAUGAUGUGCCGUCAAGGCGAUAUUCGCCGUUGGACGAGGAACGACAAGUAUCGCGCUUCACCUUCGCUCGUGGCCGUCAAGGGUCGACGUCUUCUUCCCUCCAUGCGUCAUCACCUCUCAAUCACGCCGACAACUUUGCGCAUGCGCCGUACUACAACUCUUCGGAGUUGGUCUCGCCAGCUCGUCGUGGGACACCUCCGCAAUGGCUCCCGAACCGACACCAGGCCCAGGAGUUCAUCCACGGACCGCAUUCUGCAAUGAACUCGCCCUUGGCCCAGCAGGCCCAGCAAGCCCAGGCUCAUCCCCAAUACGCACCGCCCCAACAGCAGCACCCUGGUCGGUUCCAGCCCUUUGACCCAGGUGUCAGCGAGGCGCAAUUGCGCGACUUUAUCAACUCUAGUCGUGAGAAGUCGUUCCAGUUCCGCCAUGAACAGUCUGAUCCUCCAUACAAGCCUAUGUCAAAUCAACCGUUCAAUGAUCCCGCCAUCAUGUCUGCAAGGCUCGCAUCGCCAGUGAUCUCGCAACCUGCCCAUGACAACGGUUUCACGAACUCGUCCUCGGUUGAAAGCUUCUCGUCUCACCGUUUCGGAUAUGGCCCCCCUCCCGGGUUGUCCUUUCAAGACGGCUCACUGGGAAACGUUGGAAGCGCGAUGAACCACAACUCGUACGGCAUGCCGAACGGAUCGCUAGGCAGCGUUGAAGUUUCCCAAGCGAGCGGGUCCGCACAUGUGCGGAAACAGCUAUUUCGGCCUUGAUGUGUAACAUGCCUGGUGGCCAUGGCCCGGUUCCUCUCCCCAUCUUCCGCCCUGCUCUACAUGUGUC